AUGUGUCGUGGUAUGCUCAUGUGUACAAGUUAUGGGUGUACAUGCCCAGUGGGACUAACCGGUUUGUCAUGUGACGAAGACUGUACAAUGGGUACAUAUGGAGCUAAUUGCAGUCAAACUUGUUCCGAGCAUUGUCUUAAUAAUUUGUGUGAUCAAUAUACAGGUGUCUGCUUAGAUGGUUGUUCAGUUGGAUAUUUACUACCAUAUUGCAGAGAAAACUGUACAAUGGGUACAUAUGGAGCUAAUUGCAGUCAAACUUGUUCCGAGCAUUGUCUUAAUAAUUUGUGUGAUCAAUAUACAGGUGUCUGCUUAGAUGGUUGUUCAGUUGGAUAUAUACUACCAUAUUGCAGAGAAAGUAUAGAGACUCAAUUAGUAUACAGUGCUGCAACCUGGAUCAACAUAUUCAAUUGGAGUUUCAUCGGUAUCCAAAUCAUUAUGGUACAGUUCGCCGUCUAG